UAUUUGACUGUCACUGUGUUGUUUUAGAUAAUAUAAGUAACGUAUACGUUAAACAUUUAACGCGAGGAACCGGUUAAAAAGCAGCGCUAGUGGGUUUGUAUUAUUGGGGGAGGAUCAGGCUGAUGAAAAGAAAAUGGCUGCCGGGUUUAACUGGUUCCUUGUGCUAAGCUCUGUAUUUCUGUGCAACCUCAUCAAAACAUUGCUGCCGUCCAUUUCUUCAUUUCUGUCAAAGAUCUUCCAGAAGGAUGCUGAUCAGGAGAUGGAGAUGAGGAUGGAGAUCCAAAACAUGAAGAUGGAGCUGUCCACCGUCAGUAUGAUGGACGAGUUUGCCAGAUACGCUAGACUGGAACGCAAGAUCAACAAGAUGACCGAUCAACUGAAGACACUUGUCAAAUCAAGAACGGCACAACAGGCAAAAAUGAAAUGGAUUGUAAAUAUUGUAUUUUACAUUCUUCAGGCGGCCCUCAUGAUCUCGCUCAUAUUAAAGUAUUAUGCAGAGCCGGUCACAGUGGUACCCAGUAAAUGGAUUGCUCCACUAGAGAGACUAGUAGCCUUUCCUUCUGGAAUUGCAGGUGGUGUUGGAAUCACAUGCUGGCUAGUUGUCUGCAACAAGGUUGUGGCCAUCAUUCUACAUGCUGUCAGUUAAUCUAACAGUGCUACAUCAACAUGAAUAAGCAGUCACUGAAUUUUUCUGUAUUCUGGUUUGUUUCAGUUCUCUUGCUAAAAAAACAGUUUUCUUCAUUUUGUUCAUAAAUGGUCCAAACUGAUUGGUCUAUUUUUUUAAUGCCAUUCAACAUUCCGUUCAGUGGUUUAAGUCUAUAGUAAAAUUAUUUUAGCUUUCUUUGUUUACAACUUCUUGUUUAAUACAUUUAAAGGUUUUAUUUGCAUUUAGUUAGUAAAUGCUGACGUAAACAUUCCUGACAAAUUGCGAAACACUUUUUUUUCAGUGUUUAUGUUGUAAUUUCAAGCAAAGCCGAAGAUUUUGUCUAUUUAUUGCUUGUACCAUAAUUGUAUUUUUUGUCAGUGUUACAAAUGUAUUUAUUGAUUUUUGUUUGUCAAAGAAAAAAGUCCAUGCAUUAAUAAACAUAAGAAUACGUUUGUG